CCCGCCAUCAUGAACCCCCACCAGAAGAACAAGGUCGACAUCAACGUGAGAUCUCCGUCUGCUGCCGUGUCCACCUCUCGACUCAUCAUAUCCCCCACAGNNGCCAUGUCACCCGACGAGCAGCGUCUGUUCCGCAUGUACGGCAAGCUGCCCGACAAGAAGAACCUGCUGCAGAACAAGCUCAAGGGCCAAGAGCGCAAAUACUUUGACAGCGGCGACUACGCCCUCAGCAAAGCCGGCAAAGCAGGCGACGUGGGCGUCACCAGCAUCGGCGUCGAACACCCCUCACCAGACACCAUCCCCCACCUCUCAUCGUCACCGAACACGCAGACCCCUAGCAACCCCAACGGCAACCCGGGCCUCAAUCUGCAGCCCACCCAGAGCCACCAGUCGUACGUCUCGGGCAGCCCGGUCAAGGAAAGCAGUAUCCUGCAGAGGGGCAUGAGUGUCGACGACCAGGACGGCGACGUCAAGAGCGCCAUGGAGAAGCGUGCUCAGGCUGCUUCGUCUGGCCUUUCGCCUUCGUCUGAGAGUGAUGCUGUGCCAAUCCGUCAAUAG